GGCACAACCACCAUCAUCACAACCACACCAGCCGUGCCCACCUCAGCCAGCAGCACAGCCAGCACCUCCACAACCACCACAGCAAGCACCACAGCAUCUACAGCUGGUCCAAAACAAGCUGAAACCUCCACGGUGCUAACCCAGUCUCCAACAUCACCCACCACUGCCUCCACUGCCCACAGACCAAAAGCAGAAACCACCACUGGCACCACUGUUCUGCCCAGCACAACUGCCCCACCAACAACACCCACAACCAUCAGCACAACCACCAGCAGGGCCAGCACAACCAGAACAUCUCCGCCUCUCACAGAGGGCACAACCACCAUCAGCACAACCACACCGAUCGUGCCCACCUCAGCCAGCAGCACUGCCAGCACCUCCACAACCACCACAGCAAGCACCACAACAUCUACAGCUGGUCCAAAACAAGCUGAAACCUCCACGGUGCUAACCCAGGCUCCAACAUCACCCACCACUGCAUCCACUGCCCACAGACCAAAAGCAGAGACCACCACAACAACAACAACAACACCCACACCCAUCAGCACAACCACUGGGACAUCUCUUCCUCCCACUGAGGGCACAACCACCAUCAUCACAACCACACCAGCCGUGCCCACCUCAGCCAGCAGCACUGCCACAACCACCACAGCAAGCACCACAACAUCUACAGCUGGUCCUAAAGAAGCUGAAACCUCCACGGUGCUAACCCAGGCUCCAACGUCACCCACCACCGCCUCCACUGCCCACAGACCAAAAGCAGAAACCACCACUGGCACCAACCUUCUGCUCAGCACCACGAGCAGCCCAGGACGGAUGCCUGACACCUGUCUGGUUAAUGGCACUGUGUACAUGGUCGGAAUGUCAAUAGUCAUCGAUUCGUGUGAGAAAUGUACCUGCAGUUCUGAGAAGGAUCCAGUGACUAAGGAAAACAUUGUGCACUGUGAAACACUUCAGUGUAACACGUCUUGCCCGCUGGGUCACCAAUAUAUGAUUGAGGAUGGAGAGUGCUGUGGGAAGUGUAUUGAAGUCGCCUGCAAAAUCAAGCUGAGCAACAACACUGUCCUCAUGCUCGAUCCUGAUGAGAUCCUGCCACUCGAUAACUGCAGCCUUUAUAGAUGUGAAAAAAUUGAAGAUCAAUUUGUUGCAGUCCAAACGAAAAGAGUAUGCCCGGAGUAUGAACCAGGAGAGUGUGAUCCUGAUGAAACUGAGACUACUCCUGAUGGCUGCUGCAAAAAAUGUAAACCUCCAUCCUGCAAACCUUACAGCAAGAAAACUGUGAUCCGCCACGGCGACUGUGAAUCUCCUGAGCCUGUUGAGCUGGCAUAUUGUGAAGGAAAUUGUCCUGGCUCCUCAGUGUACUCUCUGGAAGCAAACCAGAUGCAACACGAGUGUAGUUGCUGCCAGGAGUUCAGCAGCCAAACCAGAGAGGUGACCCUGACUUGUCAGAAUGGAACAAGCAUAAAUUACAACUAUGUCUACGUGGAACGAUGCCAGUGUGUCAGUGGCUGCAUGGCAGAAACCUCUGCCCCACACAGCUCCCAGACAAAGCAAGGUGGAGGCUCUGGCUCCCGGAAAAUCGGGGUCUAG